CGCAGAGCUACCUCCAGGCGGAACCCGGGCGUGCGGGGCUCCUGCAACCUAAACACCCGGUGUGAAAGGAAGGUGGCCCCGGCGGGGCGGGGCGCAUGCGCGGCAGCUCCCCCUGGGGAAGGGCUGAGAGGCGGAGCGGGGCGGCCAGCUGUGAGCCGAGCGGAGCAGGGUCAGGAUGGACGAAGACGUGCUGACCACCCUGAAGAUCCUCAUCAUCGGCGAGAGUGGCGUGGGCAAGUCCAGCCUGCUCUUGAGGUUCACAGAUGAUACUUUUGAUCCAGAGCUUGCAGCAACAAUAGGUGUUGACUUUAAGGUGAAAACAAUUUCAGUGGAUGGAAAUAAGGCUAAACUUGCAAUAUGGGAUACUGCUGGUCAAGAAAGGUUCAGAACAUUAACUCCCAGCUAUUAUAGAGGUGCACAGGGUGUUAUAUUAGUUUAUGAUGUCACAAGAAGAGACACCUUUGUUAAACUGGAUAAUUGGUUAAAUGAGUUGGAAACGUACUGCACGAGAAAUGACAUAGUAAACAUGCUAGUUGGAAAUAAAAUUGAUAAGGAAAAUCGUGAAGUUGACAGAAAUGAAGGCCUGAAGUUUGCACGGAAGCAUUCCAUGUUAUUUAUAGAGGCAAGUGCAAAAACCUGUGAUGGCGUACAGUGUGCUUUUGAGGAACUUGUUGAAAAGAUCAUUCAGACGCCUGGACUGUGGGAAAGUGAGAACCAGAAUAAAGGAGUCAAACUGACACACAGGGAAGAAGGGCAAGGGGGAGGGCCCUGUGGUGGUUACUGCUCUGUGUUAUGAACUCUGGGGAGCUCCAUCUCUUGCAUACUUGAUCGGAUAACGUCAUCUUUCUGUAUAUAAACUCUUCAACUGCUAUUUUAGGGUCCUUGCAGUUUGCACAUAUUUGUUUUGUAUCAUGGCAGUAAAUACUUGCAAGAAAUCCCACUUAUCGACUUUUCCAGGUAAAACAUUAUGGUAAGCAUGCAUAGUUUGCAAUCUGCAGUUUUUUAUGUAACAUAAAAUAGGUGUACCUUUAUAAGUACAUUUGAUUUUAUGAUUUACAUUCAUCAUGUGGUUUUUUAAAAAUCCACUUAUCUAGUGUAUGUUGAUACAAGGUCUAUUUCUGGUGUCCUUUUCAUUUAAAUACUCAUCAAUUACUGAAUUAAUUGGUAUGUAGAACUCCUAGGACCACUGAGAGACAUACAGGUAUCAUCAAACCUGGCAAAUUUCCCUUGAGAAAUAACAAAGAGCAUGAUUCCAUAACUUUUCUAGGAUGUUUGCUGAUGGAUUCUCUUUUAGUACUAAGCAAAUUUCUCUUUACAGGAUGUAGCCCAGGCCAAUUUAUAAUUAAAUCUCUGUUUGUUCUGAUGAUGCUUCUAAAAUAGCAUCGAUAUGUUAAAGAAGUUUGGUCUUACUUUUAAUUUAGUUCACAAGUCGCUCAGUUGCUUAACUGGAGUUUUAAUUCUGUGAUAUGUACAUGGGAUUCAUGACCCUUUGUGCAGCAUUUUUGCUUAUGUGGUAUUUGACAGGAUGGCAAUAAGGUUUCCCCCCAUUUUGUUUUCAGAAGGACAGGAAUGGUGUGUUUAUGUAACUCAUGUAGUACUUUGACCACUUUUAGAAACAACACCUUUUUCCAUAAAUGUUGGUGGUGUUUGUGCAAGCACUUCAGUCGUAGCUUGUGUAAUGUUAAUGAAUAUCUGUAUCUUAUGACUUCCAUAAAUGGCUAGUUGAUACUCAAAAGCCUACUUCUGUGUUUUGAGGGUUGGGGGAAAACACACUAAAUUAUAAUUUGAGAAAGGCAUAUUGCUUCCAGAUUUUGAUGUGUGUGGGAAAAUACUGUUGCAAUGAAAAUCUUGGUAAUUUACUGUAACAAGUAGCCAAUAGUUUAUCAAAACCAACUUGUACAGACUAAUAAAUCUUUUCCACAGUAUUCAGUUUUCUAACCUCUUGCUGUUGUACACUGUAUAUUUUUUCACUCAUAUAUUUAAUUUACAUUGAUCUCUGCUAUUUUAAGCCUCCAGAUAAGUAAUUUGUCCUUUCAGGCAGGUUACUCUAAUACCCCUCAGUAAGAUUAAUAAGAAAUAUUAAUUUCUAGGCAGUUUGUUCUCUGUAUACAGGUGCAAGUGAUAAACAUUUUUGUGGGUCACCGUUGCAAUAUAUGUGAUAAUGGGCUGAAAUGUACAUCUUCACAUAAGAAAACCUUACAUUCUACGUGGUUCACACUUGUUAGACUACAUUACAUUUGAUUAAAGGUUUUCUGCAUUAUGUAUGUUUUUACUAAAUAUGAAACAUAUACUACUUUAAUGUUGGAGAAAGAUAGCUAACACAUGUACUUAACGACUUGUUGUUACAUUAAAACUGUAGAUUUGUAUAUUUAUGUAGUUUCUGUAUUGACAUUUCUGUUUAUUGCUUUUUGCUCCUUGAACUAUAUAAUACUCUUUCUGUGCAUUGGAUUGUCUUGAUUUGGUCAGAAUUUGGAUACAUAUGAGUCACUUAACUUUUAACAACUAAUUUUGUUUGAUUUAUAUUGUAACCUUUAUAGUUUUUAAAUAAAUAUAGCCUGCUUUCCCUA